AUUUUGUCUUUCGAAUGACAGCUUUCCACAAGCUGAAUGAACCGUUUUCUAGCAUAUUACUGAGGUAAGCGCGAGAGCCUGGGCGUCGGUCCACAACUUAAUCCAAAAUGGCGUCUCCCAAGAAGCAGCAACCAUAUUAUAUGACCACAGAUGAAUUUGGUGAAAGACUUUACCAAAAAUACCUACAAGUGAUCGAAGUUGAUCACAGGGAUAAACUUGAGUUAGAAAUGAUAAACUUUAACAUUUGCAUUAAGUUCAAGGAAAACAAGACCAUCAAAAUCAAUCUUGGUCAUCUUUACAAGAAGUGUUUCGUGGACUAUUAUGGCAAAAUAUCACCUGAAAGGAUCGAGUCAUUGAUCGAUGAAUUUGUAAAGAACUCGUUAACUGGACUUAAGGGUAAAAUUCCUUUAAUAACUGGCCCCGAUACUGGCUUUUCAAAAAUAAGGAAUACUAUUUUUCCGGUCGUUAAAGCAAAACGUUUGGUGGAUAACUACAACAAGAUUGGUUGUGCCAAGUCUGCAGAAAAUAAGAUAGCGUUCUUUCCUUUUCGCUCUCUUCCUGGCAUCGGCGUUUCUUUAGCAACUAUGGAAGGCCCUUUAAUUGAAUUCGUUAAUAGAAGUAUGAUUCAAUGUUGGAGCAAAGAUCCAAAGGCUGAAAUGGCAUUUCAAGCUUACAUGAGAAGAGAAGAAGAGCAGUUAAACCUGAUUCUUGAUCUCGAUGCUAGUAACAAGGACAUCUUACAGGAAGAAAUCGCCUUGCUGCGGAUAGCUAAAGAGAACUAUACUAACUUGAUUAACAAGAAAUACAAAAAAGGCUCAAACAUGUGGUAUAAGUUUCCUAGUAAUGCCUUUAAGGCUGAAAUGGUUGGAGAGGAGUACUCCAACUUAUCUGGGUCCUUGCUUUUGCUCCCAGAAUUGAUAAUUGAAAGUCGACUAAAUGUAAAAGGUGACACUAUUGCCGUAGCCGCAGAAGAAAGUACAUUAUUUAUAGGUGGAGCACAAGACCCAUUAGCCUUGUGCUUCAUCGGUGACUUGGCUGUGGAUUCGAAGGAUGACCGCAAUUCUAUAACUGUUGAUCCCCUGCGGUUAGUGAAAAGUGGAAAUAAUUUGUGGAAGUGGGUGCACUAUGUGCCAAACAUUGAAAAAAUGGAAUUUUCAGUUCCCGUAGACAGGGAUCAAGUUACCAUUAUAUUUAAGGCCAUAUCAACAGCUCCACCUAAUGAUUUGAACCGCCGUUAUGUUCCUGUCUUUAAAAAUUUACUAGCCCCAUUGACACUAGAGUCACAAAAAAAGAUAGUAGAAAAUUUGGACGCCCAAAAGUUAGGGAAACCUCACUGUGUAGACAUACCAAUGUGUUGGUACUGUGGAUCUGCAGACAAGAAAUUAAAGCAGUGUGAAGGGUGUUUGCUGGCAAGGUAUUGUGAAAGAAAGUGUCAGAAAGGUCAUUGGAAGCUGCACAAGGUAUUCUGUAAAAGCAGAACAGCUCAAAGGUCUAAUAAAUCUGGCCCUGCCUGAAAAUGGUGGUGAUAAAAAGCCAUUAAUAAUACACUUGACAAAAUUACUCGAUUCUGAUUGGACAAGAGGAGUACAAUUAAAUCCCAAAUAUUGUACUCUGUAGAGCUCCCAAUUGAGUUGCUCAAUUUUGUUGAGUGUAUUAUCUCUUUUUAAAUCGUACAGUCUUCUUGUACGAUUCUGAAUUUAUAGAUACUCGUGAAGUUUUGAAAGUUCUCAAAUUGGACUUGCCUAAAAACUCAUCCAAAUUUUGAAAACUUUCAAAACAUCACUACUACCUUUAAAUUCCUAAGGCCUAGGACAAGCGUCAAACUUUCCAUGCACCAAACUCAUUAAAAACAAUGGAUAUCAGGUGAUAAUGAGGCGGCAUUCUUUCAUGUAAUUAAGUUCGGUGCAUGGAAAGUUCAACGUUUGCCCUAGGCCUAAUUAUAAUCAAGAUGGUGCAAUGGGAGUGGACUGGAGUUUUUCAUGCCCCUUUGUGAUGUGGCUUUUCACUUUAUUUUCAAAGAUAAACUACGACAACUAACUAGAUAUUAGAAAAAUAUAUAUAAUUUAAGAAAAGGAGAAGACCCUUCUACUAAUAAGUUAACAAUAAGAAAGGAUGACCUUUGAUAAAAGUCUUUUUUUUUCAAUGACCCUCCCCAAAAUGCAAAAAAUAUUGAAUUAAUUUGAAUUAACUUAUUAACUGAUGUGUAUGCUUACGUAAGCAUGCAGUCACGAGGUAGGUAUAGGAUACAGUAGUCCGUUAUGUACGAUUGAACCGUUGGUCACAGUAGUAUUUUUGGUGUAUAUAGACAAGAAAACUGAAAAAAUCAAGCCAGCACAUAACAGAACAGAUAAGUAACAGUUUAAAUAAGUUUUUACAAUAACUUACAAAGUUCUCGCGCGCUGAUUGGUUAUUUUUUAUCAUCAAUAAGAGGACAGACAGAUAAAGCUGACGUCAACGAGCGCUCGCUCUUUCCGUUGGUUGUU